CACGAGCGAACGUCAAAAUCAAAUUAGUUCUCCUGAAAUGUGAAAUAGUGUUGUUUGUAAACGAAAAUAUAUAUUAUUAUUCAUUCAAAAUAGUAUCUAAGAAUAAAACAUUAAUUACGUAAUGACCUGAAGCUAUAAAGUAUUAUUGCUUAAAGUAGAAAUCAAGUGUUUGUUACCAUGGAGCGUGGUAAAAUGUCUUCAACCGGCCGCGGCGGCAAGAGCAAGGCUCCGCAGCAUCCUCAGGAUAUAUUUGCGCUAGGCAGUAAAUCUACUGUAGUGGUAUCUAGAGACUCAGAGAAAAGAAACAUACAUAAACCAUCUACUAGUAGUGUUGCAGAAAGAAAACGUGAAACAACUGGUUUUGGCAGUCAGCCUCCAAGCAAGAGGGCAAGAAUAGGGUCCCCUGCUGAAGCUGUCAGUGGCACAUCCUUAGAAGUUGAUCCUGUGGAUCUUGUUCCUAAUGUCCUACAAGCACUGGACACACACAACUCUGAUAAAUUGCUAGGUCUGUUAACAGGAUCCAUAAGACUUCUUAAAUCUCAGCGCUCGAAACCAGACCCAAUCCUUUGCAUGAGUAUGCUAUAUUUGACUAAAAUUCGUCCAAAUAUGUUUGCUCAUGAGACAGUAACACAGACUCUGUGCACACUGUUGAAAAGAGAACAGGGUGCAGCAUUCAAAAGCAAAGGAAAUCCACUUGUUUUUGUACUGGCAUGUAACAUGCUAUAUGCUGGACACAGAGAUGGUAAUAAUUGGCCUGAUACAUUUAUAAAGGUAUAUAUAGAAGAUGCUCUUAAUGAGCGUUGGUGGGUGGACUGUUCCUGGUGUAAAUGCUUGGUGGAGAACAUUGUUACAGCAUUUGGAACAAAGCAGCCAGCUGCUCAUCUAAUUCCCAGUGACAAUGCAUUAGGUACAAUGUCACCAUCUGGUUCAGGGUCCCCACUGAUGGGGAGCAAUGAAGACGACACUGACAACACUGAGCUUGAAUAUUCGGUAUUCCCGAGGUACUCCAGUAGCUACGAGACUGUGGAGGCGCUGGUGCUGGAGGCGAUCAAGGAGCAGAUCCAACGACGAGCCGCGCCCGACGCUAUCGGCAAAGGCUUCCUCAAGCUGCUCUCUGCCACGUGUGGUUUUCCGGAGAUCCGCAUGAUAGCGGCGUCCCGGCUGGAGGCGUGGCUGCACUCGGGCAAGCUGUGGCGCGCGGCGCAGGAGCUGCUGGCGCACGUGUGCGCCAACGCGCACGCCGCCGGGCCCAGCGCCGCGCGCGACCACGAGGUGCUGGCGCAGCUCGCGCGCAUGCGCCUCAAGACCAAGCCGCUGCAGGCCGCCUACCAGGCCUGCCUCAGGGAGAUGGUGUCGGAGAGCCCGGCACUCCUGCGCAGCGUGGUGACACACACCAUCUACAACGAGCUGUCCAACGUGCGCUCGCCCAACAACAUGGCGGUGCUGGCGGCGCUCAUCCAGGCGCAGCCGCAGCUCGUGCCGGCUGCCAUGGCUGACACUUACCAGGAGCUGGUGGUGCGCACGGAGGACUACCUGCGGCCGCUGCGCGCGCUGACCCGCGAGUGCGUGCGCGCGACGCGCUCCGACGCGCAGGCGCUGCUGCCGCUGGCGCGCGCCCUGGCUCACCCGCCCCCCCUCGACCCCCCCGCCGAGGUGCGCGAGCGCGCCUUCCAGUCGUUGGCGGACCUGUUCUGCCUCUGCUGUCUGGUGACGGCGGCGCACAGCAAGCACGCCAGCGACUAUCGCUCGCAGCUGUGUGCGCUGCAGCAGCAGGCGCUGGGCUGGCUGCUGGACACCGCCGUCGCCGUGUACCGGCCCGCGCGGCACGAUUGCCUGCACGUGCUCAACAAGAUAAUGUUCGUGGAGCCGGCGGAGACGUACAGCAAGGUGGACAACUGGCCGCCGGAGUCGGAGCGUGCUCUGACGUACCGGCUGUGCUGCGAGGCCCCGCUGCCGCAGAACACGCUCCUGCGACUCGUCUUUAUCGGUCUGUCGAAGGAUAUCCCCGUGCCUCCAACCGAAGUGUUCGAGCUGAUAGAGCAACUGGUGCGGCGCGCUUGCGCACUGCCGCCGGAGGAUCAGCCUCUGCAAGUGGACAAGCUGGAGAUUGCAGACUACAUAUUCCAGCUGUGCCAGUUCCACCCACCUGACAAUAUCACCUUACCGGCUGGGUACACGCCUCCGGCUCUAGCCAUCACUUCGCUGUACUGGCGCGGCUGGAUGUUGCUGACGAUGCUGGCGGCGCACAACCCGCAGGGCUUCGCCGAGCGAGCAGCGAACACGUACCCCACGCUGCGGGCGCUCAUCGAAUGCUGUAUCACCAGCAAGCCGUCCAUCGAGUGGUCGGGCGCGGGGGAGAGCGAGCGGCUGGAGGCGGAGCGCGCCACGGUACUGCAGCUGGAGACGCACCUGGCCGCCGCCAGCAACGCCAAGCUGCCCGUCACGGAGCACUCGUCCCGUCUGCUGGCGCAGUUGACGACGCUGGAACCGCUGGGCCCGGCUCGCCGGCCCCCGGCGGGGGUGCUGGAGGCGCUGCAGGCGCUCAGCUCGCAACUGCGCCUCGGGCGCCUGCUGUGCCGGCAGCCCGCGCUCCUGCUGCAGCUGGUGGAGCGGCACGGCACGCGGCGCGCCAUGCCGUGGCUGCACCAGCUGCUGCGCCACGACCGGCUGGAGCUGAGCGUGCUGCCGGUGCAGUGCCUUUGCGAGUUCCUGUCGGCGGGCGGCGCGGGCGCGGGCGAGGCGGGCAAGGCGGGCGAGCUGUGCGCGCACCUGCGCCGCACGCUGCACAGCGAGGACGGCGCGCGCGCCGUGCUGCACUACUACCUGCAGCGCCUCGCGCACGCGCACGCACCCACGCGCGCCUCCGCCAACCGGGGCCUGAAGCUGGUGCUCUCGCAGUCGGACGACGCCGUGGAGAUGGACUACAACGCCGACGUCAAUCCGGAGUCGUGGCUGAGCCUGCUGCCGUCGCUGCGCCACUGGGAGGCGCUGCGCGGCGAGGCGGUGCGUCGCGUGCGCGCCGCGUGCCUGGUGGAGUGCGCGCCCCCCCACGUCGCCGCCUAUCUCGGCUUCCUCGCGCAGCACGCGCACCACCACCAUCCCCACGACCUCACCGACAUCGUGCUGGAUCUCAGUCAGGUGUUAAUGGAGCGCACCACGGUGAUGGGCUACGUGCUACCCCCCGUGGAUUCCAAGGAGACUCCUCGAGACGAGAGGCUGCUGGCUCAGCACAAGGCGCUACACGCGCUCACUACCAUAUUCUAUAUGCAUCUCAGACAGGUGUUGUCAAACGAAAUACCAGAGAUACAGGAGCCGGUGGAGGAGGGCGGCGAGGGAUCCGGCGGGUGGAACGCCGGAGAAAAGGUUAUGCUGCAGUGGGCCAAUGGACGACAAGCUAACUUGCACGUCGUUGUUGCGCAUGCGCAUCUGAAGUUGCUAUGUUUUGGACCUUCGUACUUGGACUCGAACCAAGAGAUGUACUCGUGGCUGCAGUCCACGUGGGUGGGGGACGCGCCCGAGGCCUUCGUGUCGGAGUCGUCGGAUGAGGCCGUGCUGCUGCCGGACUGGCUGCGCCUGAGCCUCGUGCGCUCGGCGCGCCCGGCGCUGCUGGAGGCCGGUCUCCGGGGCCUGCCGGCGCACAAGCUGGCGCUCUUCAUACAGACCUUCGGCAUGCCCGUGUCCUCCAUGAGCGCGCUGCUGGGCGCGCUGGACGCGUGCCCCGCGGGCGCCGUGGUGCGGCUGGGCGUGGAGCGCGCCUACAUGGCGCAGCUGCUGCGCGUGCAGCGCGCGCGCGGCGCCAGCGGCGGCCACGCCUUCGCCGCCGCGCUGCGCCUCAGCCGCCCGCACUACCCGCCCGACGAUACGCUUUUCACCGAGGAGGGUCUCCCGGACGAGACGGAGGAUCCCUGGAGCGGUCCGCGCCAGACCGCCGAGCUGGAGGCGGGGCAGAUCGGCGCCCUGAUGGCCACCGCCUUCGCGGGGGCGGACUCCUACCGCGGGGACCUCGACAUUGCCUUCACGCAGCUACAUGGACUGCUGGCGGCGGAGGGCGGCGCGGGCGCGGCCACGCGCGCCGUGCUGGCGGCGCUGCGGGCGGCGCGGGCGGCGGCGCUGCUGCGGCGGCCCGCACUCGCCGCGCCGCUGCUGCGCGCGCUGGCUCGUCUGCGCCCCGCCGCGCUGCCGGAGACGGCGGGCGCGCUGCUGAGCCAGUGCAAGCUGUCCCGCGGGCCGGUGGUGGAGGCGCUGCGGGCGGCGCGCGGGGCGCCGGCGCGCGGGGCGCCGCUCGUGCCGCGCGUGCUGCCCGCCGCCGCCACCAAAGACCAGCUCGUCGCCGCCCUGGAAUCGGCUACACCGAGCACGCUGGAGGCGCUCGGUAAUGAGAUCAUCGAGACGCAGGACACGCAGGUGGUGGUGGACACCAUCACGCACCUGCUCGAAAAGAACCAGGAGGGUCGCUAUGAGCUGCAGGUGAAAGACGACCCGGACGACGACAAGUUCAGUGCGUGCGCACAGCACGUGCUGUCCCGACGCGGCCUGGGCUGCGGCCUGCUGCUGGACUGGCUCUCGGAGCUGCAGCGGGAGACGCUGGGCAGGCAGAUGCGGCUGAUGUUCCAGCGCGGCGGGGGGGCGUGGCGCCCGCUGCUGGUGACGCUGCUGGCUCACCGCGCCUCGUGGCGCACCCUGCACGCAGCUCUCGCCGCGCUCACCGAGCACGGAGGCUGGUCGGCGAAGGCGGUGCUGGACUUCGCGGAGACGCUGAUCGGCAGCCCGCGCGUGUGGCAGGGCCGCGACCGCGCCACGCCCAAGCACCACUCGCCCGACGACUCGCUGCGCCUGUCGCACCACCAGCUCGGCGUGCUGAUCGGCUACGUGGGCGCGGAGGCGCGCGAGGCGGAGGCGGCGGAGGGCGCGGAGGCGGCGCGGCGCCGCAUCGAGGCGCGCCUGCCGCUCGUGCUGCGCUGCUGCGCCGCGCCGCACGCGCUGCUGGCCGCCGCGCUCGCCGCCGCGCGCUCGCACCCGCUGCUGCUGCUGCUGCUCUACAUGAAGGUGCCGAAGGUGCUCCAGCUGCUGCGCGAGUGCGAGGAUCUCCCUCCUGCGACGCCGCAGCUGCUGGUGGCGGGCGAGGCUCGGGCGGUGGCGCGCCGCUCCACGAGCGCCACCGACCGCGUCGCGCACGCGCUGCUCACCGCGCUCGCCGCGCCCCACCACCACUCCAAGGAGCACUCGCAGAAAAUGUGGCGCACGGAGGCGGGCGCGCGCGGCGUGUUCGCGCGCUGCGCGGGCGCGGGCGCGCGGGCGCUGCCGCUGGCCGGCGCGCUGCUGCGCGGCGUGCGCGCGCGACAGCACCACCACCUGCAGCACCUGCUGGCCGCGCUCGAGGUGCUGCCCGAUGCCGACCUCUUCGAGCCCCCGGCGGGCGAUGAGGUGCACGGCAUCCUGGAGUGCUUCCUGAACAUGCUGAAGAGCGGAGGCGGCGGCGGCGGCGGGGGCAGCUCGCUGGCGCACCGCGUGGCGGCGCUGCUGCGGCGGUAUCGCGCCGCCCGCCCGCAGCGCGCUGCCGCACUGCUGCACGCGCAUCGCGACACCAUAGCGUCCCAGGCGGCGCUCGCGGGCGUAGCGGGCGGGGAGGGGGCGGCCAGCGCUGCGCCCCCCCCACACGCGCUUCAAGCCCUGCGGAGACGCAUCGCGCCACCCGACGAGCUGCACUGGCUAGUGCAGGAGGUGGAGGCGUGGGGCGUGCGGCGCGGCGGCGCGUGGGGCGGCGCGGCGAGUGCGGACGCGCUGCUGCGCGCGGUGGCGCCGCUGGCCGCGUCGACGCACGCGCCGCUGCGGACGGCCACGCUGUCGCUGCUCACCAAGCUGCUGCCCGCCGCACCGGACACGCAUCCCGGUCUUCAAGCAGUUCUGGAAUGCCUCGACUCAGAUCAACCGGAAAUAGCUCAAUCAGUGCUGGAUAAACUACCUGAGCUGGUAGUGGGCAUGCAGGAGCAUGCAGCGCGGAUCCUGACAUUCGUCUUCGAGCUUGGAUUACGCUCAAGGCUACCGGUUGAACAGUGCAUCGCUAAAUGCGUUUCGACCAUCAACCUAAAUAGGGGUUGCUGAUUAAUGAUCCCUACUGACUAGACUCCAGAGAAAAAAAUAUUAAUUAGAAAAUAACUUUGGAAUGGUUGGCCAGUAAAAAUAAAUUAAGAAAGAAAUGGAAAGAAUGACUUGUACACCUAAUUAAAAUAUUGACCCCCAGUAAGAGAAAAAGGGCAUAUCAGAUGAGUUCAAACAAGCUGGCUGUUGUAAUAGCUUAUUUGUUCUGAAGCAUAUUAAGUACUUUUUAUUCUAUCUUUAAAAACAUAUAAACAUCAUUUUUGAGAGGACAUCUAUUAAUAAAAGAAUAUAAUUUUCUUUCUCAUUGUACAUAUUUGUUAUGUAUACUGUCUUAAAAAUAUAAGUGAGUCAUGGAAAUGUAUAAAAAAUGUUACACUGUAUACAGUAACCUCUAUGUUUUAUCUUUAACAAGACUUAGUUAUGUAAAAAAUUCAAUGUAAAUAUGUUUUCACAAGUAACUAAAGGCAAAAUGUG